AUGCUCAAUGAUCAUGAAUCCUCGAAACGAGGACGCGACGACUCAUACCUGAUCAAUCGCUCUCGAGUCUCUGCUGGGAACCCAAAUGGAAACGCGAACCUCACUUUGAACGCGUCUCGAUCUAAAAAUUCCGAGGACAAGCUCGACUAUGCUCAAUUGAAGAAAGAUGCCCCGGGCCUCGUUGCUGCCGCCGUCCACGCGGCGGUUCCUAGCUGGACAAGCAUGGUUUUAAUGGUCUCUCUUAUUUUUGGAGGCUGCUGUGCCAAUGUCUUUGCGCUCGAGGCGAUUAUCAAAGAACAGCCUACUGCCGGUCCCUUGAUAACAUUCGCUCAAUUCGCCAUCUGCGCGCUAUUCACCAUCCCAAGCUUCCUAUCCCCCUCAGCCGGACCACGAGCCCUAUUCCUGAACCCACGCGCCAUCCCACUACGCUCAUGGGUCGUGUACACGGCUUAUUUCAUGAGCGUCAACCUUCUCAACAACUGGGCCUUCGCAUACAAGAUCUCCGUCCCACUACACAUCAUCCUCCGGUCCGCAGGCCCCGUCGCUUCAAUGGUAAUCGGCUAUAUAUACAACGGCAAGCGCUAUUCCCGUGGCCAGAUCGCCUCGGUGGGUAUGUUGACUGUAGGCGUGGCGGCAGCCGCGAUGGCCGACGCGCAAUCCAAAGGCGUGUCUAUCAACGUCGGCUCCGAUGGGACGGACACAAUGACUACCGUGACGGGCUUCACGAUCCUCGCGCUGGCGAUGGUGCUCUCGGCAUUCCAGGGAAUUUAUGCCGACAGGCUGUAUGCGACUUACGGUAGGGAUCAUUGGAAAGAGGCGCUUUUCUACUCGCAUGCGCUUUCUCUGCCGCUUUUCUUGACGAGUUGGCCGCAGUUGCUUGGUCAAUGGCGGGUGGUGGCUUCGUCGCCUUCUUUGCUGUCGCAUUUGGAUCCCGAGUUGUUGUCGAAGGGGGCGGCUGGGAGCACUGCUUUCUCGUUGCUGGGCUGGAUUUGCCAGAUUGAGGCUGUGAAGGCUUUCCUGGCGCAUCUUCCGGUUCAGGUGGCUUAUUUGGCGAUGAAUGCUCUGACGCAGUACCUGUGUAUCCGGGGAGUUCAUCUUUUGUCGGCCAAGUCGUCGUCGUUGACGGUUACUAUUUUCUUGAAUGUCCGCAAGUUGGUCUCGCUCCUCUUGUCAAUCUAUCUCUUUGGAAAUGAUUUGGCUGGAGGUGUCUUGGUCGGCGCGACUCUGGUGUUCAUCGGGGGCGGUUUAUAUGGCUUUGAGGGUGCACGUCUACGAAGUGUUGCGAAAAAGACCCAGUGA